UUGGAAGGUCAACAUGUUUUUCGGACAAACGGUGUUUAUAUUACUUGUGCUUCAAUUUUUACUUCUACCACUUUGCGCGUUUUCGGCUUGCCAACCGGAGGAGAAGUGCGUUCAUAUAACCUCUUGCCGAUUUCUGUUGAGGAAAACGUAUGGAACUUCAAGUCACCUGGGUUAUUUAUUGAGGAUCAAGCCCUGCGGCUAUCGUGAAGCUCAUUUUGUUUGCUGCCAGGUGCUGCCGAAGUCCUGCGGGGAACUUCCACCCACUUCCAGAACUAACGCUUUUCCCUGGACGGUCAAGCUUCUAUACCAAGAUCUCUGGGACCAGGUCAAACCCUAUACCCAAAGGUGUACAGGGUCCCUGAUUAAUAAGCGGUAUGUGGUGACCGCAGCCCACUGCAUAAAUCUUGGGAGAUUUAUUUUAAAGAUGGUGCGCCUGGGCGAGCAUAAAAUUUCGACUGAUAAAGACUGUGUAAACAACUUAUGUGCCCCACCAUAUCUGGAUGUCCACAUCGAAGAGAAAAUCAUCCAUGAGGACUAUGACAGCAACAGCCCCCACAACGACAUCGCCUUGCUGCGACUCGUUAAUCAUGUGGACUAUUCGAAUGCCAUCAAACCCAUUUGCAUUUUACCCAGCUCCGACAUCAGAAACCAUUUUUUCAUCAACGAGACGAUGAUUGUGGCCGGCUGGGGGGUUACGCCGACGAAAACUAGUAGAGACGUGUUGAGGUGGACUAUCGUUAAAGGAAGAAAAUGCAAACAGCCAUUCAGAAACUCCACUCUUUGUGCACUUUCAAUGGAUGGAACAGAUUCCACACGCAGCGACUCCGGCGGUCCUCUAAUGGCUAGAAUGGGAAAUCCAGUUAAUGAAUCUGUGUAUUUAGCCGGAAUUACCUUACUUGGUGGUGGGAAUUACCAUUCUGGGUCUUACGGUAUAAUCGGUUCUGCGUACACAAGAACUGAAUACUUCAUCAAUUGGAUAAAGGAGAAGUUAAUACCUUCGUCGCAAGAUGAGUUUUAAUAACCCCAAAAUCAAUUUAAAACAAUAUAUUAUUAUAAAAUA